AUGUUACGGAUUUGUUUGAUUUGGCUGGUCUCCAGUUUCUUUGCGGGUAACUUUGAAGAGCUGCGUUCUUCUCUCUGAAUUUUUAAGGCAAAUGUUGCAGAUCCACUAACUUGUUUUAUGCCUCUCCUUCCAGAAUCCAGUGGGCAGAUCAUCACUCAGACACCGGCUUCUUUACAGGCAAGUCCUGGGGACAGAGUGACAAUCCAGUGCAAAGCUGCCUCUUCUGUCAGUAACUAUAUGGCCUUAUAUCAGUUUAAAUCAGGACAGAAGCCCAAGCUACUGAUUUAUUGGGGUUCAACCCGUUUUGAAGGGACCCCUGAUCGCUUCAGUGGCAGCUACAGUGGCAACGACUUCUCCUUCACUAUCAACGGUGUCCACGCCGAGGACGAAGGGGAAUACUACUGUGGCCAAUACAACAGCUUUCCUCUCCACAGUGAUACACUUCAGUACAAAAACCAGCUCAGUGGCCUAAGACAGCAGGAAGGAAUGGCAGUGGGUGUGUUGCAGCAGCACAUAACCCUUGCAGUUUGCUGAAUGAGAGGGGGCUGGAAUGGAGUAUGAGAAAGGGGGUGAGGAUCAAUGGCUCUGCAGAUCAACCAAUAGGAAGACAGCCUGGGCCUGACUGUUCCAGGUGAUCACACCUUUUCCUCAGACUCCUCCUCCUCCUAUUAUUAUUAUUAUUAUUAUUAUUAUUAACUGAAUUUAUAUAUGUCCAUAUGACAUUUAUAUGACAUAUAAUUUUUAUAUGUCAGACCAUGUCUGAGCCACAAGAAGAUGGCCCAUGUUUUUUUAUUCUGAUUUUGUCAUAAAAUUAUUUGGGAAGGGGAAAAGAAGCAAGCAAAGACAUUUUAAAGAGGGGGGGGGGAGAGAACUUGGUAAAUCACCACAAGACCAGUGCUUUUUUUUCUAAAAUAAUGUUUAGGGGUACUCUCAUUUUCCUUCUCAUAUUGAAAUACUGCCCUUCAAUCUUCAUUCACAAAAUGUUUAGGGGUAUGCGUCUCCCUGUGUCCCCCCAGAAAAAAGCACUGCGUGACAAGACUGACCCAGGACAGAUUAUAUUGUUUUCCAACUAAUUUAUGAAAACUGAGGAAACAAAGGAUUAUCAACCAUAAACAAGUAUACCUGAGUUGAUAUUGGCCUAUCAUAUUCCCAGCAUGCAUUGUUGUUUUGUACUCAGUAUUGGAGCUUCCUGUAAUUUCUGUUCAGUCUUACCUCAGACCUUUUCCUUCAUGUCGAGUUUUUAGAUCACAAUAUGCAUGAUGCCAUGAUUCUAAAUUGUAAAUAUACAUUCAGGGCAUACUUGAGGCACUCUCACAUCCAGAUUAUUUCCUGAACUCCCUCAGUAUUUCAAAUAUUUACAUCUCAUCCUCGUCGCUUUUCUGUUCAUGGACUUUGCAAAGGAGAGUCCAGGGGUGACUAUCUUAUACUCAUGUCAUUGGCAUGAAGAAUAAUUUCCAUCCUCUUGCGUGGCAACAUGGGAUGACACUUGGCUUUAAUUCUGCGCAUGUCACAUAACCAGGAUAUUUAGGUUCUAGGCAUAUAGCUGCAAGUAUUAUUACUCCAUAUUCAAAAAAUGAUUUUUCAUGUGUUUUCUCCUCAUGCUGCCUACCAAUGUGCUAGAAACCUGAAUUGGCAGGACUUUAGAGAUUGCCAGCUGACGCCUCAACCGUGUCUCAUAGAAAUCCCCUGUGGCCACCUGCUCAGAUCGCAGCGUUUUCGUUGCCACUUUGGCAGGUGACAAAGCAGCUGUCAGUUUCUGAACUGAUAUCCAAUCCUCGUCGCACAUCAUCACGGCUGCAUGUUGCCAUGUCUUGACAAGAUGGCUUUCUUCCAUUUCAACACUCUCCACCUUUCCUCCAAAGAGUUCAGGCUAGCACACAUAAUUCUCACUCUCUCCGUUGUAUCUUCACAACAACCUUGUGAGGUCGGCCACUUUAGCUGAGUGGGAUUUGAAGUCCAGUCCCCCAGCUCCUAGGCUGAUAUUGUAACUGCUACAGUGCACUGUCUCUCCGGACAUCAGUUCAGGAACUGACAGCUGCUCUGCCAAUCAGCCAAAGUGUCAACUGAAACACUGGACUCUGAAUAUGUUGUGGGCGAAGACCUACUUACUACAGAUACAUUCACAGUACACCCAACACCAACAAUGGGAAGCUGUCUGAGCAAUGCAAGCUAGGACAGUUAUUACGCAGAAAAGAGCAGUGAUGUUCUCUCACCUAUUAUGCCACCAAAAGGUCUUUGACAGAACCUUAUUUCAAAAUUUGUAUUCUCAGCAUGCUUCCUUAUUGCCUUGGCUGAGGGUUCCUAUGGGCUUUUUGGCCAUGACAAUGCCUGCUAUACCUUCCAACAUUUCUCCGAUCAAAAUAGGGACAUCCUAUUCCAUAGUAGUAGUCGUUGUCGUUGUUGGAAUAUUUAUAUCCCCGCCAUCUGACUGUGUUGCCACAGUCACCCUGGGUGACUUCCAAAAGUGGAACCUCGGUUUUCGAACGACUUGGCUGCUGAACGUCUUGGAAGCUGAAUGCCGAAAACCCGGAAGUGAAUGCUUCUGUUUUCAAACACGCCUCAGAAGUCAAACAGCUUCCGAGGCACAUUUCUCUAUUUUUUCAAUUGAAUUCUCCGACCGCCCAUUGAGCGUCGGUUGUUGAACGUUUUGGAAGUCGAACUGUCUUCUGGAACGGAUUAUGUUCGACAACCGAGGUUCCACUGUGUAUAAAAACAUAAUAAGACAUUAAAAAUUUAAAACCUUUCCUAUACAGUGGUACCUCAGGUUAAGUACUUAAUUCAUUCCGGAAGUCCGUACUUAACCUGAAACUGUUCUUAAUCUGAAGCACCACUUUAGCAAAUGGGGCUUCCUGCUGCCGCCGCACCGCCAGAGCACAAUUUCUGUUUUCAUCCUGAAGCAAAGUUCUUAACCUGAAGCACUAUUUCUGGGUUAGUGGAGUGUGUAACCUGAAGCGUAUGUAACCUGAGGUACCACUGUACAGGGCUGCCUUCAGGUGUCUUCUAAAGCUUAUAUAGUUACUUAUGUCCUUGACUCUGGGGAUCACAUAACUGCCAAAAUUCCUCUGAUGGAAACAGGGACAUCCUAAGGAAAAGUGGGACAUGCCAGCAUCAAAUCAGAAACUGGGAUGGUUUCUGGAAAUCCAGGACUGUCCCUGGAAAGCAAGGGAUCCUUGGAAGGUCUGUGUUCCCUCACCUUUCUGGUUCCCCAGGCCUGUUCUAGACUUCACAAUGGUUCAUAUUUGCAGAGCACUUAUGAGAAAGCUAAUCUCUUGGCAUGCACAUAGAACAAAGUUGUGCAUAUUUACAAUGCAUGCACUUAAUGGACGGCAAAAUGGGGAAACAUGAAAGAAUAAGAGAGGCAACAGAGACUAAGCGGGUUUUUGGCAUGAUCGAUCCUACAUAUGAGUGCAAGUAUGCUAUAGACAGUGCUAGACAAUUCUUAGACCAAAAAUUAUCCAUUAAUGAAGAUGAUUGUAUCUGAGGAGGUGAGAACUUCUCUUUGUUUCAUUAAGUUUGCUUGAAAUCUCCCUUGCUUUUCUUCUGCUUCAUGCGUUGCAACAUCCACCACAGACAUUUAUUCUGCCCUGAAGCACGAUCCCACAGGGAGGGACAUUCUUCUACUCAUUUGCAUAGAUUUCCAUCCUUGACACUUCAUAACUGCCCCAGUUUUAUCCCUGUCGUUCUGGAGGGGUUGUCUGGCGGUGAGAAUAUCCCAGAGGGAAAGGGAAAGGUUUCAUGAACAGCAGCAUCAUGUUUCAGAUUUGUUUGAUUUGGCUGGUCUCAAGUUUCUUUGAGGGUAGGUUUUAAGGCAGGGGUAGGCAACCUAAAGCCCUUGGGCUGGAUGUGGCCCAAUCGACUUCUCAAUCCGGCCUGCGGACGGUCAAGGAAUCAGCGUGUUUUUACAUGAGUAGAAUGUGUGCUUUUAUUUAAAAUGCAUCUCUGGGUUAUUUGUGGGGCCUGCCUGGUGUUUUGACAUGAGUAGAAGGUGUGCUUUUAUUUAAAAUGCAUCUCUGGGUUAUUUGUGGGGCAUAGGAAUUCGUUCAUUUCCCCCCCCCCCAAAAAAAUAUAGUCUGGUCCACCACAUGGUCUGAGGGACGGUGGACCAGCCCACGGCUGAAAAAGGUUGCUGCCCCCUGUUUUAAGGGAAGUGUUGUUCUUCCUGAGUUUCUCUGGGAAAUGGGCUGCCUUCACCAUCUUCUUUUCUCUCCUCCUAGAAUCCAGGGGGCAGAUUGUCAUCACUCAGACACCAGCUUCCCUACAGGCAAGUCCUGGGGACAGAGUCACCAUCCUGUGCAGGGCUUCCUCUUCUGUCAACAGCAAUAUGGACUUCUAUCAGUUUAAACCAGGGCAGAAACCCAAAGUGCUGAUUUAUUCAGGUUCAAGCCGUUUUGGAGAGACUCCGGAUCGUUUCAGUGGCAGCCACAGCAACACUGACUUCUCCUUCACAAUCAACGGUGUACAUGCUGAGGACGAGGCAGAAUACCACUGUUUCCAGCGCCAGAAGUUCCCACUCCACAGUGAUACACUUCAGUACAAAAACCAGCUCGGUGGCCUAAGACGGCAGGAAGGAAUGUCGGUGGGUGUUCUGCAAUCAGCAGCAUUCAUUGGCUGA